GACGCACGAGCACUAAGCUGAGGCAGGAAAGAACCCGUCUGAAAUAGGAUUGUCAAGGUUUGGAAACCGGUGUUAUCACAAUGUCAACGGAUCCGGCAUUCACGAUUUGGGUGUUUUUUGCGUUCCUGUGUCAAAUCGUCUGUGGUUUUGUUCCCUCUCCCACAAACGUCAGUCUUGAUUGUCACAACUUUGUUAAUAUACUCUACUGGAACUACAGUAAACCAACUGAACAACUGAAAUUCAUUGUAAUGGUCAAACCUUAUGUAAGUGAUUUACAAACAGUGGAGACUUCUCAGAUGCACCUGAAUAUCAGCGAGUAUACCAGCGACCCUGCUGAUAAUUAUGUAGUGACUGUGACAGCACAUGAUGGAAAAGAGAAAUCAGAACAUGUCUCCGUUCAAUUUACCUACAGCAGUGACUUUUAUAAUGAUAACACACAUAAAUGUUCUGUGCACUUUCCAGAUGUAAAUAUGUCUGUUCAUAAAGAUAUGAUUGAUGUGUUCUUUCUGCACCCUUAUAACUUUUAUAAACAGGACAUUCUGAAGGAGGUAUUUUUGUACAGAGUCACACAUGAUCAGCGAGACAGUACAUUUGAAUGUUUAGAUGACGAAGAGCUGUGCACUGCAGUAAUCCACCUUAACCAAAGCUUUGAUGGCCAGUGCAUUGAGUUACUGUUAGAAGGGAUGAUUGCUGCUAUACAUACUAGUACCUACAGAAACGUUUGUGUCUCUGUGCACAAGCCUACUGAGACUGGCUACAUCCCGGCUGUAAUAGGAGUUGUUGUUGUGUUGCUCUUCAUUGCUGUGGGUUUUGUGUGGAUACUCUGCAAGAAGUGGUCCAGAAUUCCCCAAAUUCCCAAAAUUUUGGAGCAGAGUUACAUGACUACAACACCCCUACUAGUGCUAGAAAAGUAUUUCGCUUAUGAAAUCCCCACCAUUUCUCCAUUUCAGAAAGACAGCAGCACAUUCAUCCCUACUGACACACAAGAGGAGGUGAACCACGACACAUCUGGCCUUUCAGAAGAGCAUGUGAAUGACAUCGAAUCUGGCUAUGACAGUCGCCAAUUCCAGCUGUAGAUGAGUCCUGGCGACUUAACGCAUGAAUACCCAUGAUCACCUGUAAUUUAAUGUAUGAAACUGAAAAGUCUUGCCAUGUCUUGGGUCUGUUUCACACAUAAUGCAUGUGAGCAGCACGUGACUUCAAUGGCAGACACACAUUUAGCUUUCACGUUGACAGAUUUUCUACCGCGUGUCCAGCGGGGGGCACAAAAGCGAGUAAUUUAUUUAUUUUUUUAUCAGUGAAAAAGGGAGCACUUAAUUUUACAAACAUGUUUAGAGUUAUUAGAAAUCAUUGGUUGUAUAUAUGCCACAUACAGCAUUACUCUGAUUGCCUUAUGAGCAUUUCUAAUACAUUUGUUGUCCUUUUUGUUUUGGCAAGAUGCAAGUGACAUCUGGUUUGACAUUAAUGACUUUUAACAUCUUGCACUUUUAUUCAUACCCCUUACAUUAAUUCUAAGCUUAUUAAUCAUCUGUUUCAGAUUCUUUCUUUCUUUUUCUUGCUUGAAAUGAAGCAAAUUGCACUUAAUAGUAGUGGAUUUUGUAUGUUAAUGUAUGCAUUUCCACAGUCAUUUAAAAGACAGGAGAAAAGGGACAGAGUGUUCCUUGACUGAUGCAUCCCUGGUACUGCAUUUAUUGACAAUAUAAGUGUCUUUACGCUGCAGUGUUAAGGCAGCUCUGAAUAGAAGACUCCCUCAAUUCUGAAGUUUGUUCAGGGUCCCAGAAAAGGCAAUCCUGCACCUUAUUAACCGUUCAAAAUAUUGGCAUUUCAUUUGACAUUUACAGUAUGCAUUUGGCAGCUGCUUGUAUUCAAAGCAACUUAAAAGUCCAUUCCAGGUAUACAUUUUAUCAUUUUGAGUUUUAUCUGGGAAUCAAGCUCUUUUCUUUGCUGUGGCUUGUGCUUUGCUCUUUUAGUUGUCCUUGAUGGUGCAUUGUGAAGUUUGUACAUUGUUUUUCUUUUUCUAAAAGAUUUGUAUAUUGUGAACAUCACGUCUGUAUAUCUUGUGGGUUUGAUGUUCAUGUGAUUUAUUUAUGAUUUCAGUAUAGCAGAAAGUUAUUUUCAGUUUUCACAAAUAAAACAUUAAUAGCAACAGUGGUAUGCAACUGUGGACAAAAUAAAAAUAA